UCUCCAGGAGUGCUGUUUCGGCCUGUUCCGCGGCCGCUCGGUCAUUUUCGCCUCUUUGUUUUACUGAUAGUGGAUUUAACUCGGAUUCAACCCGAUAUCCAGCGGACCGUGCUGCUCCCGAACAGGCUCCAAUGAGAGGCUCUCCAUGAUGAGGAGCUAACACUGUCGGCCGCACAACCGCAGGAAGAGACGUGGCUGCUGCACCAUCCACAGUCGACGCAUGGCGGUAUUAGGGAACCCCGACAUGCUGACGAGGAAGAUAAAGCUGUGUCACAUCAACGCCCACAUCACAUGUCGUCUGUGUGAGGGCUACCUGAUCGACGCGACCACCGUCACCGAGUGCUUACACACAUUCUGUAGAAGCUGCCUAGUGAAGUAUCUGGAGGAAAACAACACGUGCCCCACGUGUAGGAUUGUUAUUCAUCAGAGCCAUCCACUGCAGUAUAUCGGCCAUGACAGAACAAUGCAAGACAUUGUCUAUAAGUUGGUACCGGGACUUCAAGAGGCGGAGAUAAAGAAGCAGAGAGAUUUCUAUCAGAAGUUGGGGAUGGAGGUGCCGGGAGACAUUAAAGGAGAGCUUUGCAACAUGAAGACUCAUCUAGAUCAACGAAAUGGUGAUACGAAAUCAGAGGAAACAGCCAAUAAGGAGCCAGGAGAGGAGAAACCAGAGGAGGACAAUGACUAUCACCGGAGCGACGAGCAGGUCAGCAUCUGCUUGGAGUGCAACAGCAGCAAGCUUCGAGGUCUGAAGAGAAAGUGGAUCCGCUGUUCAGCACAAGCCACAGUCCUCCACCUGAAGAAGUUCAUCGCCAAAAAGCUUAACCUGACAUCGUUUAAUGAGCUGGACAUUUUAUGCAACGAGGAGAUCUUGGGAAAGGACCACACUUUGAAAUUUGUUGUUGUGACAAGAUGGAGAUUUAAGAAAUCCCCCCUCCUGCUCCAUUACAGACCCAAGAUGGAUCUGCUGUAGCUAAAACGGACUCAACGGUUGUUUUUUUACUUUUGGCCCAGUGGCUGCAGACUGUGCCCACACCUUUUUUAUUUAUGCAAAGACGAUCAACCAACACCAAGCAAACUCCCGACGGUAUAAGUCAACACAAGCCAGCAACAUCGGGAUCUAACAGCGGGUAAGGGGGGGACAAAUAAAACACAAACUGGCAACCUCCAGCACAGAUACUGCAACACUGGUGUGUUUUUAAAGAACUCAAACAACCAUUUUUUUGUCUGCAACAUCCUAGAUAUGUGAACAAAGAAAAAAAGAAAAAACAAACAAAAAACAAAUGGAGAGAAAGCAUAUAUUUAUACUUUUGUACAGAAGAGACACAUGGAACCAAGACACUACUGGUGCUCUGUUUACACGCAAACAAGAUGUCCGGGAUCACAUGACUGUCUUUUUGAGCUUCAUGCAGAUUUCCUCCUCCUGAGACAAAGACUGAGAGGAGAGGAGGACUUUUUUUAUAAGAGGUGGUGUUUUUUUUUUUUGUUCUUUUCACAACACACUCGACACGUCUUGGGAGCACAGAGAGUUUAUGGAAAAGUUAUAUAACAGGCAUCAACUUUAAGCUGUUUAUCAAGUCUCUCAACCUUUUUUUAUUUUGUUUUUCAUUUCGUUGACUUUGUCUCAUUUGCUAUUGGGUUCUUGAUGAUUGUUAAUUGUGAAUAGGCUUAAAAAUGUUUUGUGUAGUAAUUUAUGUUCUAUAUACCAAUAUUGUACAUAAAAUGUCAUUACAGAGAGAGAGAGAGAGAGAGAGAUUGAAAGAGAGUAAGAGAGACUUUAGACUGUUAAAAAAUGAGUGGAUCCCAGAAGUGCUAUCUAUAUUUUGGGUGAUAAAUUAGGAAUCUUUAAAAGACAGACUCAUUAUCAGUAUCAAAAUAUAUAAAUGCAUCUUUAUGUUGUCUGGGAAAGACACAAAAACAAAUAUAUCAAAUCCUCUGCCAGUCUGAAGUAUGUUACGAGAAAAGCAGAGAAGAAGAAAGCUUCCGAUCCAUCCUCCCAUCCUCCACGCUCCUCGUCUCACCUGCCUUCAUGAAAACACAGACGCGUUUCUGUUCCUUAGGUUUCUUUUUUGGACAUCAAUAUCAACCAUUAUUGUGUUAACAGAUAAUACUACAGAAAACACUCAUGUUCCCGAAUGCCUGCAAGACACGAAAACGCAAUAUUUGAGCAGAGAACGUAUUGAUUUGAAUCACACCAUGCACUCCUUUAUGUCCUCCCUGGUGUCUCUGCAGUCUUGCAGCAGAUCUCUGAUACUCCCACAUGUUUACAGCCUGUAGGUUGAGCUGUUAGCAGCAGAUGUUGACAUCCUGCGCCCUCGUACACUUACUUCCUUCUUUAUUUCUGCUGGAAUUUUUUUUACCGCAGACCUCCCCCACUCUCCUGCAAUAGAAAUGAAUUUUAGAGCCGGUCUUAUUUGCCUGAAGGUGCUCCAUGUGAAAACACCACAUUUUCAUUUAGGCAAACAGGACGGACGUUUCCUCACCCAAACAAACAAACAGUCGACUGAGCUGCAAACUUUCUGUUCAGAGCUGGACCUCCUCUGCGUGAGGCUGGUUCUAUAACACCGGUGCAGAUACUGACUCCACUUUGUUGUCUCCAUUGGGUAUUUUCAGUUACUUCACUGCCAGUUGGAUUUGCAAAUGUGGAAAGUUGCACCGUGAUCCUGAAAGUCAAGUGGAUGUGGAUUUGUCAUAAAAAUCAGUGAAAAUCAGAUUUUUUUUUAAAGCAGGAUAGACUUAAAACACAAAUUUCUGAGUCUUUUUUUGUGAAAUGACUUCAAAAUUCAGGUUUGGCACAGAUACUGGUUUCUUUUUAAACAUUUUGAUAUUGAAAAUCUGGAUAAAAUGACCCCUGUCUGGUCAUUUGGUGCUCAUUAAUGUGUGUGUUUCGGAUCUUGAGGAGGACUGUUCCUCAGGAUCGUUCAUGCUGUAACGGAUAUACAGCAAACUGUUUUAUCAGCUAAAUGUCUUAAACUCGCAACAUUCAAAGCAAACUGCUAAACUGUCUUUAACGUUACCACAACUGGAUCCCUGAACGCCUCGUCAAACCUCAAGUCGUAUUACCUCACUGUCCUGUGACCUUUAUUUACCCUCUGAUGUUGUUCCUGCUCACAACAAGCUGUUCUGUCUGUACGCUCACCGGCAGGGUUCCUGACGUCAGGAGACAAAUGUUUCACAUUCAAAUCUGUCUCCAUAUCAGAUCAAAGAAAACUUAAAGAAACUUCAGCUCAAGCAUUUUGGUAUUCGCAGAUCUUUGAAGCUAAACGUGUCGGAGCCCUGCUACAUGAGGACCUACGACGUGUGUAUGAAAUGAACUUUUAUAGCAUACAGGUCUGUACCAACCAGCUCAACCAAAACUCCUCCUGCAGUCUUUGGUGUCUAACUUAUUCAACUCACGUGUGAGCGUGAGUCUGUUUUCAGGCCCUCUCCUGGUCGUAAAUGUAAAGUGCUCAUUGUUUUUGGUUUUUGUAACCAUUAAAGUCUUGGGAUAUCAGCUUUCUUUUCUGGGUACUUUAACAAAUCUGAUCUUCAGCACAAACAUCCUUUGUUACUUUGAAUCCUGUGUUUUUUCCCCUCCUGUGGUUCUGAUUGGUUCUCUGAACAGCUAACAACUUUCUGAUUGAUGAACAGACACAUGAAAAGUGUUUGUUUUUUUACCCAGAUGGAAAAACCUGGAGAAAAUAACACUUCUGUACCCGUAAUAAUGAUCAAAAACCAAAAACAAUAAGCCCUACCAGCUCUUCUCAUGAUGAAACCCCCUCAGAUUAUAAUCUCGCUUGUUUUCUUUGCUUCUCUGUAAGUGCAGACUUGAUGUUUUAAGGCUUAUAAACAGGUUAUUUCAUAGAAAUAAGGCCAUGUCAGUGAAUUCUCUCCCAGGUCCCUGAGACGUCUCUCUGAUGUCCCAGUUUGACCCUGAUAUUAAGUGUUCAUCCUCCCUCCUCUCAACACGUAGUCUGUUUCUGAUUAACAAUCCUAAAUGUCCAGAAGCUUUGUCCUCAGGUGAUUAAGCUGAACUCCCCCAACAAGGUGCUAUCAUAACCACAACUACAAACAUCCCUGUAUGAGAACAGUGCAAACACUGCUGUGUGUGUGGCUGGCUUUGAAUCAGAGGCGAUACAUCUCUAUGUGAGUACAUUUCAUCCGUUGAGUUUCACGUGGUCGGGGUUCACGCUGCAGCUUUUGUUUUCCUCUCACGUCAGAGUUUUCAUCUUCCUCACGUCAGAUGUCAGAUCUUUGAUCGGGAGUUAAAGCUGUAUUUUUCUGUCAUGUUAUGCACAACAGUUGCAACAGGUGCUCUCCUAUUCUUAUAAACACAUCUAUCUGUAAUGGCUCAUUUUGUAUUCCAGCCUCUCCUGACAUAAAGCAAGACAGCAAUCUCAAAAUCUUAUUGCACAAGCUGUUUUUAAAGGAAGCUGCAGGACUCGAGUGUCGGAUCAUGAGUACAAAAAUCCUUGGACGACAAUUAACACCUGAUUGCAUCCUGUGCAGACAAAGACCAAGCACUGACGCCUUGUGCUCUGCUAGCAUACAAGCAACAUAGGUGUUAGCUAAGGUUUGACCUCAGAUCACAUUCAAACAAGUCUGAAGCUUCACUUCAGGGUCCGGAUUUGCUGCCAUUGUGCUGAGAGUCAGGUGGAAAAAGGUCCAAAUACACAGUUGCAUGUCUAAACAAGUCUAGUGUGCACAGGUUUGAGGUUUUAAAACAACACCUGGAUGCUUAUAUUGACUAAAUAUAUGCAUAAGACAAAAGUUGCACUCCAGAGUUUGAUUAAAAAGGUCAUCAGAACCAGAUUUAAGGUGCAUUUUUUUAAAGUAGUUUACAUCUGACAGCCUGUGUCGUCCUUUAUAUCAGUAACACGGCACAAUAGAGACGAAAUCAACAGAAGGAUCUGAUGUGAGAAGGUGUGACAUGUAACAGAAAAACAGCUGCAGUGUGAACAGAGCCGCUCCUCGUUGCGUUUCUUUUUGUUCUGAGAGGUGAUCGUGUGACGAUUGGAGGAACCCUGAUGUAAAGAGUGCAGCGUGUUCGCCACAGUGACCGUCAGAAAACUGUCUCUGCCCGCCGGUGCUCUCCAGCUCUCUUGGUGCUAACAACAACUCCUUCAAACUCCUUCUAGAAAGAUGGAGUCAGAGACAGACAAAGCACUGAAGUUCUCGUGUCGCCUUCUUUCACUUGUCUUUGCACUGCCUCGUCGUGGCCGUCGUGUUGGCGUUCUGGAGGCGUCUCUGUUCGUCAGAGUCGUGCAGAUCAAGAAGGUGCUGGCUUUUUUCUGUUCUGCUGUCAUGAACUUCUCUGGUUUGGUUUACCGUCUUGCCGAGGCAAAUAGAGGAAGUUGAAAUACGACUGUGACGCACAUGAUGCUGUGAAGAAAAGAAAGUGGUGAGGAAUCAGCUCGUCGGCUGCCUCACACUCAUUAUUGGCUCCUCUAGUGAGACGUUUGCACCUCCUCUGAGUCUGAUUGUUUUCAUCCAGAACUACAGAAAGAAUCACAUCCAGAUGAUUUUAUUUUAAGAUCCUCAAAGUCCCACGAGCUGUUGGGAGAUUUGACCUUCAAAGUGUGUGUGUGUGUGUGUGUGUGUGUGUGUGCAGGCUGCGUACUCCCCCUCCUGACACCAGAGUGGAUCGAUCUUCACGCUUUUAUUGGCACUAACAUGGAGACAUCAGUGCGGCUGAGCUUGACAGACAGGCUGAGAGGCUUACAGGAGGCUCGGCUCUGUCUUGCUCUACAUGCGAGUCAGGAUCAACUUGGAAAGGUCUCAGGCGUUGGAGGAAUGCAUGGAUCUGUCAGAGCUUCGGUUCAAGGGCCUCAUCUUCUUUGCGUUGACCUUGAGCACCUGUCUGCUUGUUUGUUAUCUCCUGUGUGGAUCUGUGUGAAGCUCAGGGUUGAUCCGAGGUGGUUGCACAUCUUCACGUGAAGUGUCAACAUGGUUGUAUACCUCGACUAAACAAUCCAUCCGUGUUGUUUUGUGCACGGUCUCUCUCCGAGGACUCGCAGACGUCUCUAAAGGCAGCAACAUUCAUUUCGAGCUUGUUGGCAGCAGAAUCAUUCCUGGCAACUUUGGGGGAAGCCUCUUCUGUGUUCUCCUCUCUGUAAUAUAAGCGUCCACUCCAGGAGUGUGAUAGCUUUCUUUGUUGCCCGGCUCGUUCGUUUCCUUCAUUUUCAGAGUCCUCCGUAAAGCCGGGUAAUCUCACAGGCCGUCUUUGUGUGUGUGUGAGACCUCGAGGGUCACUCAGGCGGGUGCAUGGACUGAAAACACACUCCUAAAAUAUAUGAAUUAUAUUGCCUGGCUGGUGUUUGCACCGCUCUGCUGCUGCAGCUGGUGCCUCCUCUGUAAAAAAGGCUGCUCCGCUCGGGAAGGCGCCGCGCUCAAGUGCACCGUGGCACGUCUCCAUGGGCGGCGGCAGGUCUGAGGAGAAAACUACUGCAAUUCUGGAUUCUUUCUCCACCUGAGGGUUGUGGGUUAGAGAUCGUUCCCCAGAUGUACGAUCAGCACGGAGGCUCUUUCAAACACAGAACAUGACUCACUUUGACUCUUGUGUUUUAUGAUCGCCGCAGAGAGGCUGCUGCUUUCAGUGAUUGGUAAAAAUGGGUCGACUGCAACCAAACCUGCUCACAGACGUGUUCCCCCAUGAGCCAUACAGAUGUCGGAAAUGUAUCUGUUUUUUGUAUUAAUGUUAUUUAUUGAUACUGAAAAAGUGGCUUCUGCAGUAGUUUCUUGGUUCAUGAGUUUUUGAGAAGAGAUUUUCGCUCACAAAUUUGUAUUUCUCUCUUUUUUUUGUUUGUUUGUUUGUGAAUCGUUCAGCAGGUGAACUCGUCCUCAGUCUGAUCCAAUCAGCAGCUUGCUCUGUGGCCCGAUGAGCUUCAACAGAGGACUCUCUUAGGAGUCAAGUCAGCCUCAAUAAAUAUGAACUCGUGGUUAGAUUUUAAAGAUGGUGCUUGCUGACAGACUUCACAUUUAAUGACUUUUUGUUUUGCAAACAUAAAAACAUGUUAAGAGCUGAUAAACAGCUGCUGCUCAGACAUAAAAAGAACUUCAAUUUGUUGAGAAGCAGCUUGAAAAUUAGAGUUAAUACUCACAAACAUGACAUUUAUUUCACACACAGAUUGAACCUCAUCUCCUAAACUCAAAGUUCAGUUUCUUUAAUCAAUUUUAAUUUGAAAGAAACAAGAAUUUACACUCGAGGAGCCUCCAGCUUCAUGUUUUGACUCAUCAGGCCACAGAGGAAGCUGCUGCGUUUUAAAACUUCAGAUUGAGAACAAGCUGACCGUGCAUCAAAUUUCUUAAAUUAUGAAUUCCCUUUUUUUUUGUACUCCACGUGUGUUCAUGUCAACAUGACGCUCCACAGCUGUCUUCUUUUCCUUUAGCUCAUGUUUUAAAUCUAAAUUGUGUGAAUCUGGCGAUGUGGUUCUUGUAUUUGCAAGGAAAAUGUGCAAUACACGGUUCUCAGAUGGUUCCAGGUUUCAGCGUAGAGCUCCGGUAUCUUUCCUUCUUCUUUCUUUUUUCUUCUUUUUUAAAGCUGUUUGUUUUUUUCCAGUCAGUUCCUCAGGUCACUAAAUGCCUUCUGGUCCUGAGGGUGACCAGGAAAUCUCAGAACAUACACUAAUGCACCCGAAAAAACAAAAACGACUGGAUUUCUUUUGAGUCUCGUCUCUCUGUUUUCCCCCCCGUCUCCUCCUGUGACAGUUUUCAGAUCUUUGAUUUUCAGGUUAACUCGGGCACUUAUUCAGGUGUCCUUUUCCUUGCCUCCUUUUGUAUUAUUGUUAUUUAUUGCACAUGUAUGAACUGGUUUUCAUUGCCACAUUUAAAUUCAAGGAGUUUUGGGUCUAGAAUGGGGCUGGAAUUUCUUACAUACAAAACUACAGAAGCUUUUGUCGAAACCUAAGUGUGUAUUUCAUCAAUAAAUGCCUUUAAAAGUG